AUGAACCCUCUCUUCAAAUCCAAACCCACCAUGACAAACCCUAAUCUCUUAUCACUUGCCGUCCUUUCAUUGUUUUCCUUCAUCUCGAUAUGCAGUGUAAAUGCAUCGAGAAGAUUGGCGGACGUAGACAAGCAAUUCGGGUAUGCAGCCGGGGCUCCAAAUGAACCAGCGAAAUGGGGAAGUCUUAGGGCGGACUGGAAAACUUGUGAGAUCGGAAAACUUCAGUCUCCUCUUAAUAUCGACACCAAACAAGCACAAAUGCAACCACCCGACUUGAAAAUGGCUUAUAAGGACGCACCUGCUAAACUUGUCAAUAUAGACUUUUUUCUUAAUAUAGAAUGGCAAGGAGAUGCCGGAGGAAUAUCAAUAAAUGGCGUAAAUUACAACCUAGUUCAUUCUCAUUGGCAUUUUCCCUCUGAGCAUACUAUUGAUGGGAAAAGGUUUGAUGCCGAACUACAUUUGCGUAUUUAA